CGGAAGGCGGAGGGCAGGCGGAAGUCGGCGCGGUCCUUGCUGCCCGGCAGGCGGGAGUCGUCCUCGCGAGCGCCCCGAUGCCGAGCCCGCAGCUCCUGGUGCUCUUCGGCAGCCAGACGGGCACGGCCGAGGAUGUGGCGGAGAGGCUGGGCCGUGAGGCCCGGCGCCGGCACUUCGGCUGCCGCGUGCUGGCCCUGGACGCGUACCCGGUGGUCGAUCUGAUUAAGGAGCCCCUGGUAGUGUUUGUCUGCGCGACUACAGGCCAAGGAGACGCCCCUGACAACAUGAAGUGCCCGUUACGUUUCUGGGCAUCCAGCCGGCAACACAGUACCAGUUUCUCGACCGGAGGUCACGCUGUGGCAGCAGCAGCAGGGGCGGGAGUGGCUCAGGCCCAGCCGGCCGCCUGGGGGUUCAGCCCAGUUCCCUGGAAGGGGAAACCGCCCAGUCCUGAAGGGCGGUGGAAGCCGCAGCAGCUGUGCAGGCGGACUGGAAAGCAGUUCAGGACCUCCAAGACAAGGAAGCGUCGGAGAGAGCGAAGAGAGGCCGGGCAGGAAGCCGGCCUGUCCACAAAGCCCAGAGCCACAGCGUGGCAGGAGGAGACACUGGCACAAAGAGUCACUCAGAAUUUCUGGAGGUUCAUAUUCCGGAAGAGCCUGCCCCCCACCUCUCUCUGUCGGAUGGACUUCGCUGUCCUGGGCCUCGGGGACUCCUCAUACACCAAGUUCAACUUCGUGGCCAAGAAGCUGCACCGCCGACUGCUUCAGCUUGGGGCCAGUGCCCUCCUGCCCCUGUGCCUGGGCGAUGAGCAGCAUGAGCUAGGGGCCGAUGCUGCCAUCGACCCCUGGCUGCGAGACCUGUGGGAGAGAGUGCUGGGGCUCUACCCUAUGCCCGAUGGCCUCACCGAGAUCUCCCCCGGAGUCCCCUUGCCCUCCAGGUUCACCAUGCAGCUCCUCCAGGGGGCCCCCAGCGAGUGCUCCCAGGAGCCACAUAUGGCCUGCGCCAGCCCAGGGGGUCCCCCUUCAGAGUCGAAGCCCUUCCUGGCACCUGUGGUCUCCAACCAGAGGGUGACCAGCCCCUCACACUUCCAGGAUGUGCGUCUCAUUGAGUUCGACAUCUCGGGCUCUGGCAUCAGCUUCACUGCUGGCCACGUGGUGCUGAUCCAACCCUCGAACUCAGCUCGCCAUGUCCAGAAGUUCUGCCAGGUGCUGGGCCUGAAUCCUGACCAGUACCUCACGCUGCAGCCGCGGGAGCCAGGCAUCACCUGCCCCCCGAGGCUGCCCCAGCCCUGCUCCCUGCGCCAUCUGGUGUCCCAGCACCUGGACAUCGCUAGUGUCCCUCGCCGCUCCUUCUUUGAGCUCCUGGCCUGCCUCUCUCCUCAUGAGCUGGAGCGGGGGAAGCUGCUGGAGCUCAGCUCCAUGGAAGGCCAGGAGGAGCGGCUGCAGUACUGCACCCGGCCCCGCAGGACCAUCCUGGAGGUGCUGUGCGACUUCCCACACACGGCCAGCGCCAUCCCCCUGGACUACCUGCUGGACCUCAUCCCCCCGAUCCGACCCCGGACCUUCUCCAUUGCCUCCUCUCUGCUGGCUCACCCGUCGCGGCUGCAGAUCCUCGUGGCCGUGGUGCAGUACCAGACCCGUCUCAAAGAGCCGCGCCGGGGCCUCUGCUCCUCCUGGCUGGCAUCCCUGGACCCUGGACAAGCAGGCCCUGUUCAGGUGCCCUUGUGGGUGCAGCCUGGGAGCCUGACCUUCCCAGAGAUGCCAGACACACCCGUGGUCAUGGUGGGACCUGGCACUGGCGUGGCGCCCUUCCGAGCGACUGUGCAGGAGCGCGUGGCCCAGGGCCGGACCGGGAACUUCUUGUUCUUUGGGUGCCGCUGGCGGGACCGGGACUUCUACUGGGAGGCCGAGUGGCGGAGGCUGGAGCAGACAGGCUACCUGACCCUCUUCACGGCCUUCUCCCGGGAACAGCCUGCCUGUCGCCUGCAGGAGCAGAAGGUGUAUGUGCAGCAGCGACUCCGGGAGCAGGGGCCGCUCGUGUGGGAGCUGCUGGACCGCAGGGGCGCCUCCUUCUACCUGGCAGGCAACGCCAAGUCCAUGCCGGAGGGUGUUUUGGAAGCCUUGACGAGCAUCUUCCAGGAGGAAGGUGGGCUCUCCGGCCCCGACGCGGCUGCCUACCUUGCCAGGCUCCAGCGGACGCUGCGCCUCCAGACCGAAACGUGGGCCUAGGCACUGCCCCGCUGGCCAUGCCCGCCUCGACAGCUGCCCUCCUGGGGACCCUCCAAUCCUAGGGUUCUCAUCAGAGCAGGCUAGGGUGGUCCCCUGCACCUGGCAGCCCCAGCUGAGCCCAGGCCCCUUGCACAGCCCCCACCCUGACACACACACUACCCUGUCUGCCUAGCGCAGGGUCCCUGCCAGGGACAGGCGGCCACUCCACUGUGGGGGCGUGCCCUGCCUCCCCACUGCAGCCUAUAGGGCAUGCCAGUGUUGGCCACCCUGUCACAGUCUGUGCUCCCAUGGGGCUCAGACUUGGGCAGCUAGGAUACCCAGUAGGAGGGGAGACCCCACAGGAAACCGGUUAGCCAGCCCCGAUGCUUCUGAGGCCUGCCUUGUUCCUCCCUCCUGCUCGCCUGGCACCGUGG